AUGGCACCCACCACUAUGAAAGCAGUCAUACUCAAAGGAAAGCUAAAAGUCGAGUUAGAACAGCGACCAAUCCCUCAAAUCCAGGUUUCAACCGAUGUCAUUGUCAAAGUCCGCUACACCGCGUUAUGUGGAAGUGAGUUACAUGUCUUUCGAGGACAUCAAGAAUCGCCAACAGAGUUCAUAAUGGGACAUGAAUUCACCGGCGAAGUAGUCGAACUCGGAUCCGGGGUCACGACUGUUGCUGUUGGCGAUCAUGUCGUCGCACCCUUCACAAUUACCUGUGGAAAAUGUUUUUUCUGUCAACAUGGGUUCUCAUCCCGUUGCUCUCAGAGUAAACUCUUCGGUACAGCAGCGCUGGACGGCGCUCAGGCAGAAUACGUCCGAGUUCCAUUGGCAGACUCCACACUUGUCAAAGCACCUCCAGUCAUUAAUGAAAAGAAACUGGUCCUCAUGGCCGAUAUACUACCGACCGGAUAUUUUGCAGCAUCUAAUGCGUUCACUGGUCUAUCGAAGCAGGUCACUAGUGAAAGCGUGGUUGUCCUUUUCGGACUUGGUCCGGUCGGUCUCUGUGCUUUGGUCAGUGCCUUGGCAUAUAAACCAAGACACUUGAUCGCUGUCGACAGUGUUCAGGACAGAUUGGACCUAGCCGGCCGACUAGGAGCUGAGUCUUGGAACUUCCAAACACAAAAGAACGAGCUGUUCGCAAGAGUGAAGGAGUUGACCGAAGGCAGAGGUGCAGACGUUGUCAUUGAAGUUGUGGGCCACAGCUCUGCUUUGGAAAUGGGCUUCGAGUUAUUAAGACCUUGGGGUACGAUAUCGAGUGUCGGAGUGCAUAACGGGCCAAUUCCCUGGAGCGGAAAUCAGGCUUAUGGCAAGAAUCUGAGGAUCCAAAUGGGCAGAUGUCCGGUCAGAAGUAUCUUUGAAGACGCCCUGAAACUUUUGGCAGAGAAGCAGGAUAGAUUUGACUUCAUGACUGGCGAUAUCAGACCGCUUUCUGAAGCUGUUAAAGCGUACGAUGAUUUUAAUGAGAUGAGAACACAGAAAGUCAUCUUCGAUGCAACGAAGUAA